ACUUGGUGAUAAAAUCAAAGGCAAAAAAAAACAAAAAAAAAAAAACAAAAACAAAAUGGCAAUUGAUGCUCAACCAGCUUUGCUUGUUUCACUUCUCCUCCUCCUUCCAUUACUGAUUAUCUUCAUAAAGAAAACUGUUCAGAAACAAAACCUUCCUCCAAGCCCUCCAAAUCUUCCUUUCAUAGGCAAUUUACACCAACUUGGUUCAUUGCCUCACCAAUCUUUAUGCCAACUCUCCAAAAAAUAUGGCCCAGUUAUGCUUCUUCACCUCGGAAACAUGCCAACUGUUGUUAUAUCAUCUGCUGAGGCUGCAAAACAAGUCAUGAAGAUUCAUGAUCUCAGCAGUUGCAGCAGACCUCAAUUACAUGGUCCUCGGAAAAUGACAUACAAUUUCCAAGACUCAGCAUUUUGUCCAUACGGAGAAUAUUGGAGAGAAAUCAGGAAAAUUUGUGUUCUUGAGCUCUUCAGUGUGAAGAGGGUAAGUUCAUACCAAUCGAUUAGGGAAGAAGAAGUUACUAAGCUCAUCAAGUCCAUAUCUCAUCACUCCUCAUCUUCUCCCGGUGCUCCUGUUGAUCUUACUAAGAAGCUGUUUCCUCUUACUGCUAGCAUAAUUUUCAGGACUGCUUUUGGGACAACUUUCAAAAAAGCUAAUUUUUCUGAUGAGAAAUUUCAUGAAAUUGUUCAAGAGGUCGAAAUCAUCAUGGCAACUUUCUGUGCAGCUGAGUACUUUCCAUAUGUGGGAUGGAUUGUUGACAAGCUUUCUGGUUUAGAACAAAGGCGUGAAAGAAUUUUCCACCAGAUGGAUGAUUUCUUUCAAAGGGUGAUUGAUGAUCAUCUCAGUCCCGGGAGAGAAAAACAAGAGCGUGAAGACAUUGUUGAUGUGCUUCUCAAAAUAGUGAAAGAGCAAGCUGGUUUUCGAUCUGCUUCUCUAACCAUAAACAAUGUCAAGGGGGUCCUCUUGAAUAUGUUUCUUGGUGGGGUAGAUACUGGUGCAAUCACCAUGGUGUGGGCAAUGGCAGAGCUAGCCAAGAGACCUAAACUGAUGAAGAAGGCUCAAGAUGAAGUUAGAGCUUGCAUUGGAAACAAAGGAAAAGUCACAGAAAGUGACACUGAUCAGCUUCAAUACCUCAAAAUGAUAGUCAAAGAAACUUUUAGAUUGCACCCUCCAGCUCCUCUGCUUCUUACAAGAGAGAGCAUGUCACACUUCACCGUCGAUGGCUAUGAUAUUAAACCAAAAACAAUUAUUCAAGUGAAUGCUUGGGCGAUUGGACGAGACCCCAAGAGCUGGAAAGAUCCUGAAGAGUUCAUCCCAGAGAGGUUUCGGGAUAGCUCCAUUGAUUUUAAAGGUCAACAUUUCGAGCUGUUGCCAUUUGGAUCCGGACGAAGGGUAUGUCCUGCCAUGUACAUGGGAACAACAAUAGUUGAGCUUGGCCUUGCCAAUCUCUUAUACAGCUUUGACUGGAAAUUGCCUGGUGGAAUGAAAGAGCAAGAUAUCAACAUGGAUGAGUUUGCUGGUCAUUCUCUUACCAUCUCCAAGAGAACUGCUCUCAAGCUUGUCCCGGAGAAACACCUCUAGAUUCAUCUACUACUAAAUAUUUUAAUAUAAGUUUGUUAUAUAUAAAUGAAAAUAAACUGUCUUAUUGUCUUCGUUAA